AUCACAAAAUUUCAGUUAAAUUAAAUCAGGAAAAAAGUGCUUCGGUUAGAACGACAGUGCUUAUAAUAAGUCAUCAAAUGUGUGAUAUCUUCUUCAGCAGAUAGAACCAAAGAAUCUCUGUCGUAAUUCACCGCACAACAUAGUUAUCAUCAACAUCAUUGAUGGUUGCAUCAGGAAGAGGAAUUUCCAUGGUUCACACCAUGGUUUUUAGAUCAGAACUUCAACCUAUGACACCAGAACGCUUCCUUGGCAUUGAUUCAUCCUCUUCUUCUCGUCGAAAGGACCUCGUUUUCAUAGUCAACCCUCAAGGUGCUAAUGGAAGGACUGGUAGAGAAUGGAGGAAGCUAGUUCCAUAUCUUAAGUCUCGCCUUGGUAAAGAUUGCAAUAUAUGUGAAUCCUUAACUUCAGGUCCUUGUCAUGCAAUUGACAUAACGAGAGAGGCUAUAAGGGAAGGGGCUGAUGCUGUCAUUGCUGUUGGAGGUGAUGGAACUCUUCAUGAGGUUGUUAAUGGCUUUUUCUGGGCUGGAAAACCUGUGGCAAGUCAAAUGAAUGAGUCUACGCGUUCAACUGCUCUUGGUCUCAUCCCCUUGGGAACUGGUUCUGAUUUUGCAAGAACAUUUGGAUGGAAAAAUGAUCCUUGUGAGGCUGUUGAACGUGUUGCUAGAGGGUUGCGAUCAAAGAUAGAUGUUGGAGUUAUUAGUGGAGAAAGUUGCGAAAACCAUUACUUCAUAAAUAUUGCUGACAUUCAUUUGAGUGCGAAGGCAGGCUUUCAUGCCGCUAGGUACAAGAGAUUUGGAAAACUGUGCUAUGUCAUUGGUGCAUUGCAAGGCUUCAUGGGGCAUCAAAAUAAGGAUAUGAGAAUCAAGUUCAAUGAAGGCGAGUGGGUUACAUGUCCUAAAGUGACAGCCAUUUGUGCCGGUAAUGCAAAAUACUUUGGCGGUGGCAUGAAAAUUACUCCAAAUGCCGAUCCUUUCACUGGAAAUUUAGAGGUUGUGAUUCUUCAGGACUUUAAGUGGUAUGAUUUUGUCCUGAAAUUACACAAGCUUUACAACGGGACACAUCUCUCAGUUAAAAAUGUAUCUACAAGAAGGGUACUUUCUAUUGAGGUGGAGGACAUCUCAGGCAAAGGUGGCAUCUAUAUUCAAUCCGAUGGAGAGCAUUUGGGGUUCCUUCCAAAAAAGAUUAGUGUUCUUCCAGCUGCUAUUGAGAUGAUAUUUUGAUCCUUCUCGAGUAUACCAGAAUCGACAUAAAAGAGAUGACGGUGUUCAUGCCUGUAAUUCAUUAGAUUUAAAUAGAGGAGGGUUUUGUUUCAAUUGCUUAGGCAUCAAAGUAGGCUUCUUACAUCAUUUUUUUUGUGGCCUUAGGGUGAGAAGUCAUAAUUUUGAAUUGGAAAUGGGUCGAGGUAUAAUUUAUUUAAUUACCGUAAAAUGUUUCUAAACUUUAGAAUGUAAAAAACUGUACAGAUUGAAAUUCUUAAAAUAGUUAUCACUUGUCUCUCCAAA